GCUAACAUAAUCGGCUAGCCGAGCUCGUCUGAAGGUGCCGACGUACUCCAGUCCUCGGCGACUUGCUAAAACAGAAUUCAGCAAUUGACUUGCAGGCACUACCUCAUCACUUAACUAUCAUUCCAUACGGACUUCGCAAAUAUGUCUGACGACGACAGAGAGACCAAGCCCUUCAAGUUUGUGACUGCUGGGUUCGAUGCGCGCUUCCCAAACCAGAACCAAACGAAACAUUGCUGGCAAAACUAUGUCGACUACCACAAGUGCAUCAUUGCCAAGGGAGAGGACUUCGCUCCUUGCCGCCAGUUCUUUUUGGCAUACCGAUCAUUGUGCCCAAGUGCCUGGGUUGAACGCUGGGACGAUCAGCGCGAAAACAACACCUUCCCAGCCCGUUUGGAUUAGUGCAUCAUGAACGGGUUUGGCGGAGGUCAUGAUGUUGGUUGGCCUUGAAGCAGGAAACGAAGGAUGGACAUUGUAGAGUAGAAGUCGGUAGAACAAAUUCAUUGGCUACGCCUGUUAUUAUCACCG